UAGAACCUCACCAAAACAAAAUAGAAUGUUGAUUCUGAAUCCUGUUCUAAUCAGAGAAACACUCAACAAGGUAGAUCAGUGCAUCGUUCGACUACACGAACUUCAGUACACUGUGGCCGGUGGAACGAUGGUGGUCUCAGGGGUAAGUCUCCUCCCUCCGACCACCACUUUCAGGUGCAAGCAAGAAUCAGUCGGGAACAAGCAGGAUGCAGCAAGAAGAUAUCCACCGAGUGAAGAAUGGAGACAAAUGUCAUUGUCCUUAAUGCUUGUUGAUGAGACUGUGGGAGAAAUUUUACAGGCAAGUCGAUUUACUAGAGAAAUAGUUUCAGCUGUGAGUAAGAAAAGUGGCAGCAAGGCCCCACAAACUCCACUGUCCCAACUGUCAAAUAAGAAAGCUGACCCUGAAAACACAGAGCUCCAUGAUAGAAGGAAAAAAGAGAGACAAACAAAAGUAGUUUCUGAUUCCCCACAACCUCUGCGAGCUCGUUCUAGGAUCGACUUUAAGGUUUCUCCUCCAAAAGCUGCAGAGUUUCAGAAACAGAAUGAUGUUAAGUGUUUAAAGGUAUCUACCAAGAAUAGACCUUUGUUCUUCUCUACACAUUUUUCAAGGCAACAACAGUUUUGCAAGACAAAGUCUCCUGUUAUAUCAAGAAACAUGGGAGCACAACACAAGUGUUUGAUGAAGUGCCCAGCUGAAAAAGCUUCCCAAUUUCAAGGCAAAGUUAAAAACCCAUCAACUUUUUCUAUUUCCUCUUCGCUUGCGAGACCUGCCACAACGAAUUUGAGUUUAAGCAAGAAGAGUUCUCCAAAGAGAUGGUUUCGAUCUUUCUCUCCUUCUAGAGUGGCGGCGAGAUUAUUAGCUUCCUCGCCAUUAAGGAGUAAGAAAACUGAGAAAAAAAAUGACGGGGUAGUGAAUUUGAGAAAGAGUUCUUCAAAGGGAUCACUUACAUCAAAACUAUGUCGAUCUUUCUCUCCUUCAAGAUUGGCAACCAGAUUUGUUUCACCGUUGAAGAGCAGGAAAAAUGCACAGCAAAGUGAGGGAAUACUAAAUGGAGUGAAACAACGACCAGCAGCAACUGUGAAAUUCCCUCCUCCAAAAAUUUGAAAAUAUAUAUUACGUUUAUGCCUUUGAUGAUGGCAGUUUUAUCUGAAACGUCUGAAGGAAGAGAUUUUAUUAAAUUUUUUAGAAUAAAGAAAUACGUUUUAACUUCAAAAGUAAUGCUACUUCU